ACAACGUCAUCCACAGUUACCAAAGAUGAGAAGAGGAAAGUGGAGAGGCUUAUAAGUGCCCCGGUGAACAGUGUCAAGGUUGCACCCAAUCUGCGGCCAAAAGUGUCGACACCCCCAGGGUCAACCAGGAUAACCUAUUCCAAUGAGCGUUCAAAUGAGAGGAAAAUUGACCUGAGCAAGAUUAGUCGGGAUCGGCCAACCCCCGGAAAUACCCUGAGCCAAAAGAAAGAUCCCCUGCGCCAGAUGGACCUCAGGAGUCGGGACCUGGAGGAUAGCCCACAGCCCUCUCCAGGUUCUCAUCUAGCCCAGGGCACAAAGAGUAGAAUGGGAGAUUUUGGUGGUGAAUCCAGUCUCCUAAAGCCCAUCCCUAGUUAUACCCCAGCCAGCCGAGAGAGCUCCAGCCUCACCCCGUCAGGCAAAGGUGGGGGGAUCAGCAGCACCCCAAGUAGUGCUGGGGCCACACUCAACACCUCAAUAGGUAAGGCAAGCACAAGCUCCAGAGUGUGGCUGGGUAAACCAAUAGUCCGGCCAGGGCUCAGGGCUAGGGCAGGAUUAGAACCCCGGCAAAUGGAAAGGCCUACACAGCAUCACAACUUCCUCGCAGAUGUGGCUGAUGUGCGGCAGAUCGAGCAAGGAUUAUUGCAGCUCAUGGAAGAUUUUCAAGCAGGAAAUCUCAGAGCAUUUGGCAAAGAUUCCCGCCUGCGCCAGAUGGAAGCCAUUAGAGAGCAGCAAGAACGAUUGGCUCGACUACAUUUUGAAGUUGGUGCUGAACAGGAUCUCUACCCACCAUUAUCUGAGGAAGGGCUCAGGACAUCCCAUGACAAUAUGCGCACGUUGAUGGAGAAACUAGCCCAACUGUCAGAGUCCAUUGAGAGACUUCACACCAACACCAGUAGUGAUAGAAAAACCAGUAGCAGUGAGCGCAAAGCAGGUGUCCACCAAAUGAGUGGAGGCCAGACGAGUAGUCGUGGUAAUGAGCAUGGAAACCACACCAACUUUCAUUCUGGAGGAACAGCGGCUCAUCAGACACAUGAGAGUCAGCAUAGACCCAACAAUCCCACAGGUACUCCCAGCCGAAACUCUGGGAAUCCCAUACAACACAGCUUUAAUACGAAUGUCACCAACACUUCUAUCCAUCAAUCAAGUCCAGGAAAUCCCCGACCUUUGUCAGGGCAACAUCGCAAUAGAAACACACCUGUGCACCACACAGGGCUAGUUAAAAAUGGAACGGUGUUAGAGUCAUCAUGAUAGCAGUGUUCUGUACAUAUUGAAUUUAUGUAUAGCUCCAACAUGGUAUUUUUGGUACAAUAAAGUAAUUUUGAUAAUGUGUUAAUUCACCUCACUCUCAAAUUUGUUUUCAUACCAGCAGUAGAUAGAGUACUUGUGGUUAUGCAUGAAAUGUUUUGUGGGAUUUCCUUUAAGCAAGGACUGUAGCCAAAGUGCCCUAUAUUUAGUAAAGCAUCUACUCGAGUUUAGUGUAUGUAGCUGAACUUGUAAUGUGAUGUUGCAUUCUUUAUUUACUGAGUUUUGUCAUGAGAUGUAAAUGUUUUGUAUUCUUGUCACUAUGAAAAUCUGUCCUUUCUCUUAAUAUCAUUUUUAUUGAGUAUCAUUAGAUAUGCUUAUAUGCCUAGAGGGUUCAUGUAAAUAAUGAUAAAAAAGUGAAGCUCAAAAUGGACUUACACAGAUUCAUGUUAUUUAUCUAUUUUUUUCAAAGACUGUCUUCUUUCAUCAAUACCCAAAAUAUCUGAUUGAAUUUUCCUUUUCAUUUUUAUUAUGUAGUCUGUGAACUUUACCAAGAAAGGUUUUGUGUGAUGGCAGAGUUGAAAUAGCCAAAAAAGGCAGCUAUAUGUAAUGUAUGAUUGCCCUUGUAAAAUUUACAAUUUUAAGUGGUAAGAUAAAAAAAGAAAACAUCAGGACACUACAGCCACACGCACACGCACACGCACACUCACACUCACACGCACAC